CUUCUCCUUGCUGCCGGGGCUUGACGUCAGCGCGGCUUUCCCGAGCUGCGGCCGCUUGGGGCUGGGAGUUGCUGCUGCUCAGGCACAGCGGGCAGAGGCAGGGCUGCUCUUGCCGGGAAGGAGCUGGUCCCACACACCGCCCCUCGCACUCCUGCGGGCGGCGCGGCACGACAAAGGGGCUGCAGCGCCUUGGGAGAGCCCGCUAGCUGGGGCGCUGGGACUGGCGCCCAAUUUGGGGGCAGGGAGCGGGGCCCACGCCUGGCAAGCCGCUUCCAAGGGAAGAGAGGGGGGGGGGCGGGGAGCGCUGCGCGGAGCCCCGCCCGGGGAGAGCCCUCCGCAUGGGGCAGUGAGGGGGAGUAAGGGCGCGCCCCGGGGAAGUUCCCUGCAGCUGGGCCGCGGAGCCCGGGCGCGCACGUGGGGCCGAGCCCUCCAGCCGCGCGGAGCCCGCCGGAGCAGACGCGCGCCGUCCGGGCGAGGGGGGCUUGGAGACGCCCCCUCCGUCCACUGCAGCCAUGGCUUUGAAGGACACGGGCGGCGGCCGCGCCAUCCUGCCCAUCAGUGACAUGGGGUCUUCCCUCCCGGCGCCGUCCUGCUCGCCCUUCCCCGAGGUGGUGGAGCUGAACGUGGGCGGCCAGGUGUAUGUGACCAAGCACUCCACGCUGCUCAGCGUCCCCGGCAGCACCCUGGCCAGCAUGUUCUCCCCGCGCCGGGGCAGCCAGGCGGCCGCCAGGGAGCUGCCCAGGGACAGCCGGGCGCGCUUCUUCAUCGACCGCGACGGCUUCCUCUUCAGGUACGUGCUGGAUUAUCUGCGGGACCAGCAGCUGGCCCUGCCCGAGCACUUCCCGGAGAAGGAGCGGCUGCUGCGGGAGGCCGAGUACUUCCAGCUGGGGGAGCUGGUCCAGCUGCUCUCCCCCAAGGUCACCAAGCAGGGCUCGCUCAACGACGAGGGCUGCCAGAGCGACCUGGAGGACAGCAACUCGCAGGGCAGCGGCGACCUCCUGCUGCGGGCGGCGGCCGGGGCCGCCCUGGAGAAGCGCUCGGGCUUCCUGACCGUGGGCUACCGGGGCUCGUACACCACGGUGCGGGAGAACCAGGCGGACGCCAAGUUCCGCAGGGUGGCCCGGAUUAUGGUGUGCGGCAGGAUCGCGCUGGCCAAGGAGGUGUUCGGGGAGACGCUCAACGAGAGCCGGGACCCCGACCGGCCCCCGGAGAAAUACACCUCCCGCUUCUACCUCAAGUUCACCUACCUGGAGCAGGCGUUCGACCGGCUCUCGGAGGCCGGCUUCCACAUGGUGGCUUGUAACUCCACCGGCACCGCCGCCUUCAUCAACCAGUACAGGGAGGACAAGAUCUGGAGCAGCUACACCGAGUACAUCUUCUACAGUCCAGCAACCCGAAUUACUCCCCUAAUAUAUUUAACACAGCCAGCUGGGGCAUCAAAGCUGGCAGCGGGGGCGUUGUUUACCCGGUCCAGCGCCAAUCCGGACCACCUCAGAGAACAGUGUCUCCCAAACAAGAACACGAAGAAAGGAAGCAUGACAAAGUCACAGACAAAGGAAGCGAAAGUGGGACUUCCUGCAAUGAGUUGUCCACCUCUAGUUGUGACAGCCAUUCAGAGGCUAGCACUCCUCAAGAAAAUGCUGCUAGCACCCAACAGCCAACAGCACACCAGCCAAAUACUCUAACUUUGGAUCGUCCAUCAAAGAAGGCCCCAGUGCAGUGGAUGCCACCACCAGACAAACGCAGGAACAGUGAACUCUUUCAAACUCUCAUUAGCAAGUCUAGAGAAACAAAUCUUUCUAAAAAGAAGGUAUGUGAGAAGCUGAGUGUUGAAGAAGAAAUGAAAAAAUGUAUUCAAGAUUUUAAAAAAAUCCAUAUUCCAGAUUGCUUUCCAGAGCGCAAACGGCCAUGGCAGUCUGAACUCUUACAAAAAUAUGGGUUAUAGUUAAUUGCCUCUCUCAUGAAGUAUCUCUGGUGCAUUUGCUGUUUAUUAAAGUUGCCUCUAUCCUACUGCUGUCCUCUUUAUGGUCCACUCUGCAGUCAGAGUGAUUCCUGCUGCUUAUUUCUUUCUGUGAACACUGGAUGUUGGAUAGUACAUGGUUUCUUAAAAAAAAUUAAAGAAAUACAAGAUGAAUCUGGUCUAAACUAUUUUAUAUUAGUAAAACAAAAUGUGCAUGAUCAAGAAAGUUGGUUUUCACACUAUAAUCAUCUGGGAUUCAUUGUCAUUUUGUAACUCUUCAAAUAAAAAACCCAAUCAUCAGAUCACUGCUCACUUUAUGUCAUCAGUAAAAAUGACUCAACCUUGCUAAGGAUGGAGAGAAACGGGGUUUUAAAUUUGAUAUAACUGGUUACAGAACCGAAUCCCAAUACUCUUUCAAUGUUAAUGCAAUAAAACAAAUAUCUAUUUUGCAUGAGCACAAUGUUACAAAUAAAUCACACAAGAACAAGAGGUUUGUCUGUUGCUGGGUAAAUAUUUAUUUAAUGCCAAGCCUAUAAGCGUAAAAUGUCUUGGGGACUGAAUUUGCUUUGUUCCAGAUCUGUGAUUUUUUUGUGUGUACAGUGUUCUGUAUGUAAGGACGGUGUAAAUAUGCCUUAUCCUGUUUCAUUAUUGCACCAACAUUCAUCUAUUAGUGCUUGUCAGAACUAUUUCUAUGAAAUGCAAGCUUAACAGCAGAUUGUGAAAACUGGUUUGAUGGUCUGAAAGUUUCUGUUAUCAUGUUAGCCAACAAAAUUGGAGAAAAAUAAAAAAGACAUUAAUGUAUUUAUUAAAAAGAACCAUCUGGUA